AUGACUUACAAAUCAUUAGAAGAAGCAGUAAGUUGCACCCAAACUGAUCAAAUAGAAGAAGCAAGUUGCACCGAAACUCAACAAUCCUCUAAAAUAGAAGAAGUAUGUGGUGCAAUACUCUUACUUUUGGUAUUGGUACUAUUUAUUGGCAUUCCUAAUAUUGUCACAUUUAACAGUGAGCCGCCUCGAACCAAGUUCACCAUAGCUGACGCCUCAAUCGUGCAUUUUAACCUCGCAAGCAACAACACCUUAUAUUAUAAUUUUAGGGUCACCAUUGCAGCAAAAAACUUCCAAAACUACAUAAAAUCUUAUGAUAAGGCUACCGCAAUUGCUUCGUAUAAAGAUAAUCAAUUAACUUCGGUGAAAAUGGCACCAUUUAAGUUAAGUAGUAAGAAUACUGUUAGGCUAGAGCCUAUAGUGUUUGAAGGAAAUAAUGUGAUGAUAUUAGAGCCUCAACAACUUGCUAAGUAUAAUAAGGAGACACAAUUGGAGAUUUACAACUUAGAUGUGGACUUAGAUUUGGACUGCUAUAAAGUUUAUAUUCAUUGUCCAAGUUUAAGAGUUCCUUUGAUUUCCAAUGGUAAAGUAGCACCUACUUUCAAUAGCACCACAUGCUCGUACAAGGAUGAUAGGUGGUAA